UACUUAAAUAUAUAUUUUUCGUUGAGUUAAGUAGGGUUUCUCAUUUAAGUUUUUGAUCCGCAAAUUGUGAAACGAGUAUCUAUAAUGUCGUGCAAAUCAGCUGAUUAAGGAUCUGCAAUAACGAUUAUCAACUCUGGUCUGCAGUGUUGCAUUUUGGGCAGUAGAUUUUUCCACUCGCGAAUCUUAGGUGCGCAGCAACGUUUUGGCUCUAUGUCCAUACGUUUCCGCGACGAAAUGUCUUUGGAUUAGCAUGCUGAAUCGUUAAAAGUCAUCUGUUACACUUGGUGAAAAUUAGCGGAGGCGAAAGCGAGGCAAGCAACAAAAGAAUACUAUAAAAAAUAAGCGAUUAACAAAAUAAGCGAAUAGUAAUCGCAGCAGCAGCAACAUGAAUUCAAAAGCUGACGUCAACCGCCGCGUUCUAGCGAUUCAGGCAAAGAAGAAGCGUCAUAAGAACAACAAGAAACGCGGCAAGCAAAAUGGAGCUGCUGCUCCCGUCCAAGAGAAUCAGCAGCAACAACAACCGCAGCAGCAGCAGCAGCCGCAACAACAAGCGCAGCAACAACAACAACAACAACAUAGAAUCGGUGACAACUGCACGAUGCCAGCAGCACCAGAAAUUGCUAAUAAUAGCCAUAUAGAGGGCACCAACAAGCUCCAAUUGCACGCCAGCAGCGCUGGGGAUGCAGCCGGAAACUCUAAAGUAGCUGGAUCCUUGAGUAAUGCCACUGCAUCGACAUCCAGCGGUUCGGGCAAUACAUCCGAUGCCCAAUCCCAAUCGCAAUCGCAGUCAAAGAUGAAGAACAACAUUUACAAUCAACAGCCUCCACGCAGUUCAUCCAACGAAUCGGAUGAAUCGGAAAUGAACAGCGAGAAUGAGGAGCAGGAACUCAAGGAGGAUUACUGCAAGGGUGGAUAUCAUCCGGUCAAUAUUGGUGACUUGUUUCAGGGUCGUUAUCAUGUCAUCCGCAAAUUGGGCUGGGGACACUUUUCGACUGUGUGGCUCUGCUGGGAUCUGCAGGAGAAGCGUUAUGUGGCCAUCAAGAUUGUGAAGUCAGCACAACAUUUCGCUGAAACGGCCAAGGAUGAAAUCAAGAUACUCAGAACAGUACGUGAAACGGAUCCGUUGAAUCCACGUCGCCAGAAAACUGUUCAAAUGUAUGAUGACUUUAAAAUCACGGGUGUUAAUGGCAUACACAUUUGCAUGGUCUUUGAGGUGCUUGGCGAUAAUCUAUUGAAGCUCAUCCGCAAGUCCAAUUAUCGUGGCAUUCCUCUAGAGAAUGUCAAGAGCAUUACACGCCAGAUUCUUGAGGGUCUCGACUAUCUGCACAGCUGCUGUAAAAUCAUUCACACAGACAUCAAGCCAGAGAAUGUGCUAUUGUGUGUGGAUGAACCGCAUGUCCGUUCCCUGGCCGUUGAGGCCACCCAACUGUACUGCAUGAACUCCAAGAUGUAUCCAUCUCUGGUCAGUCGUGCGCCCAAGAAAUAUCGCGAACCCAUCAUCACCGGUAAAAUGAGCCGCAACAAGAAGAAGAAGUUGAAGCGCAAGGCCAAAAAGCGCAUGGAACUGUUUAAGAAGCAGCAUGAUUAUUUGGAGCAAACUGGUGGCGAGGAUCAGCCACAGCAGCCCACAGAGGAGCAGUCCAAGGAGGAGCCACAGCAGCCUAAAAAAAAGCCACAACAACUGCCCGAUGUUGCUAAUGAUACGAAUGCUGUUGAUGCUAGCCAACCUGCAACUGCUGUUGAGGGCACUGAGAAGGCCAAGAAGAAGAAGAAAAAGAAGAACAAGAACAAAUCCAAUCAGCAGCAAUCUCAGUCGCAGCAGGAAGAUCACCAGCAGCAGGAACAGCAGGUGGAAAACUCGAGCAGCGGAGAUAGCAGCAGUGCGGCAUUGAAGAGCUCCAACACGAACACCAAUGGCAGCAACAGCAACAGCAACAGUCACAGCAACACCAGCAACUCAACGAGCACGCUUAAAGGACAAUCAAAUGGUUCCGCCGGCAGCAAGAAGCCACCGCGUCCCAAACAGGAUAAGCAACAACAGAACAACAACAACUCCAAUGCGAAGCAAAACUCGAAUAGCACUUCGAAAAUCUCAAACAUCUCCGCUGAGCGAUCCUCGUCGGGCAAUUCAACCAACGGUGGUCCAUACUCGGAGCCAUUACUGCCGCCACCACCGCCGCCGCCAAUGGCCAAGCAUCGACCCAAUAAGCGAGAUCCAGCGCUGGAGACAUGCAAUGUCCAGGUGAAGAUUGCCGAUCUGGGCAACGCAUGUUGGGUGGAUCGCCAUUUCACCGAGGACAUCCAGACGCGUCAAUAUCGCUCGCUGGAGGUUAUACUGGGCGCUGGCUAUGAUACUUCCGCGGACAUUUGGAGCACCGCAUGCAUGGUCUUUGAGCUGGCCACAGGCGAUUAUCUGUUUGAGCCGCAUUCAGGUGAUACAUAUACGCGGGAUGAGGAUCACAUAGCUCACAUUAUCGAACUGCUUGGACCGAUACCACGUCAAAUUGUGUUCCGUGGCACGUAUGCACAGCAGACGUUCUAUUUGAAUGGAGAACUGCGCAACAUAACCGGGCUGAAGCCCUGGGGCUUAAUGGAUGUGUUGAUGGAGAAGUACGAAUGGUCGAAACGCGAUGCAGAAGCGUUUGCAGCGUUCUUGAAACCGAUGCUGGAAUUUGAUCCGGCCAAGCGAGCCACCGCUGCACAGUGUCUGCAGCAUCCGUGGCUUAGAUAAGAUACGAUGCCGCCUGGUUGUUGGCUGCAAGCCAGCCAGCCAGCAGGAGCAGAAGCAGCAGCAGCAGUAGUAGGAUUAACAGAAGGAGCAGGAGUAGGAGCAGCAGCAUCAUCUGAUUAUAUGCAAUCAACGGCAUCAGUGGCCACAUUGGCCUCCAUUUCAUCCAUUGCAUCCACAUCGGCGUCAGCUAUGGCAGCGCUGCGCGCACGUCCCUAUUUGGUUGCCCCAUACGUGGCCACUGCCUCAGCACCGCCCACGCCACAGCCACAUGCUGUUGCUGUCAACCCAAUGUCCAGUGCACGUACAGCGCCCGCAACGCCAACGAGACGACGAGAAGACCGCACAAGUGACCCGGAUGCUAAGAAAUACUAUACACAACAUGAAGAGGUUGAUGAUGUACAGGAAUUGGGACUUGCCGUUGCCUUGGAUGAGCCGCAUUACUGCAAGCCCAAAUCGCAGCGAUUCUUUUGGCGCAAGGCAUUGCGACGGGUUUUCCAACGCCGGAAGUGACGUCAGCUUCGCCGUCGACGGCAAGAUUUGCCCCGUUGGCGUCCACGUCGCUGCCGGCGGCGCACAUUGGCGGAACGCUUACGUCGCAUCUGCGCUUGCUGUGCCUACGGCCAAGUGCUGUUACGUACGGCGCGUGUUGCGCUUCUCAGUUGUAUCCGUUGGCGGACACGUGGCAAUAUACGCAACAACAAUUUUCACUUUAGUAAUCAUUAACUGCAAAACGAUUUGCUCUGCUCUGCUUUGCAUAGGCCCAAACACACACCCACACACACACACACAUAUUCCCAUUUAUACACACACACACAAACACAUCUACAAUGUUAAUCUAAAAAUGUUUAUGCGAGAUCUGAUUUAGUUGUUAAAUCCAAGUUAAUUUAUUUCCUGUGUUUUACACCGAUUAGACAAUUCUCCUAAAUACAAUUUGGAAUUAUAAGCAUUAAAAUGUCUUAACUAGCUUAUGCUCUACACUUG